AUGUACGCCCGCCAACCCGGUGGCAGCGCCGAGGGUGCCACAAUCAAUCCUGCGGCCCUCAACUUUCCCGUCCUCCUUCCACCUCACUCUACGAAUCGCGCGAAACGAACCCGAUCUCCCGACACUCUUAACGUCACGCAACCCGUCGGUGCUGGAGCCUCUCCAGCCCUGUCCAAGCGAACCAGACUCAUGAAGCCUCACUCGGGAGAUGCUUCUGAGGCGGGGGCCCAGCCGCCUGUUGCUGCCACUGCCGCGCCUACACUUCCUCCUCCUCAGACGCCACAGUCCCAGGCAACUCCCCUUCCCAGCCAACCCACGCCCGCGUACUCCGGAGGCGCUGCGCCUCCCAAGACGACUCCCACCAAAUCCACCCUCAAGGCCCUGCCGACCGUUCGCGAUCACACGACUGACCAGCUCAACCCGGCGGGCGAUGAAUACAUUCCCAGAGAAACCGACGAGUUCGGUGAGAAAAAGGUCAUGGCUAAUGGCCAGCUGCUAGGCGGCCGAACCUAUCGGUGCAGGACUUUCCUUGUGCCAAACCGUGGCGACAAACUCUUCAUGCUGGCUACUGAGUGCGCCAGGGUUCUCGGCUACAGGGACUCGUAUUUACUCUUCAACAAGAACAGAUCCCUGUUCAAGAUCAUUGCCAGCCAGGCCGAAAAGGAUGACCUUGUCCAGCAGGAGAUUCUUCCCUUCUCAUACCGUUCCCGGCAGAUUGCUAUUGUCACAGCCCGCUCCAUGUUCCGUCAGUUUGGAAGUCGCGUCAUUGACAACGGCCGUCGUGUGCGUGACGACUACUGGGAGACCAAGGCUCGUAAACAAGGCUUCACCGAAAAUGACCUUGCCGGCGAGAAGCGCCCCGGAGCCGCCAAGGCUCGCGAGGCCGCCGAAGCCCAGAACAAUGUCAUGCUUACCGGACCUCACACCGAGAUUGUCUAUAACAAUGCCCCAGGGCCAUAUCCCGGCGCGCCACAACCUCACAUCGUCCAACCAGACCUAAAUGAUAACCGCCCCAGGGACUAUUCAGGGAUCGUUAGACGCGGCCCGCGCCAGGAAAUCACCGGACCGGCCUACCAGGAUCAGACCCGGCCCUCCCCUGCUAUGGAACUGCAUUCCCAGACUCACCACGCUGCCGAGUUCAACAGGUCCGUGAACCAGCAGCGUGACAUGCGCGGCGACUAUCUCCAGGGCAUCUGGCACCGUCCCCACGAGCAGCCUCCGUCCAGCCUGACACAACCCGUUGGUACUUCUGAUGCCGCUCCCACGUCCCGUGCCACUGCGUCUCCCCACGCUGCUGCUGCAGGUUUACCCCAGCCUGGCGGAGUAGCUUCCCGAUCGCCUCAGAUGAUGAUGACCAACGCCCCUUACUCGCAGGGCAUUGGUGCCCAGAUGGGACAAGGCAUGAGACAAGGGUCCACCGGCAGCAUCAACGCCGGACAGCCUGGCUACAACUACCAGUCUGGACAGCAAAUGUGGCCGCAAAACCCCCAAGCUGCCCAAGGCGCCUACGGAAGCUACACGACCCAGGGUCAACAGCCACAUCCCUCACAGUCACCCGCUUCCAUGCGUCAGCCUGGAAGCGGCCAGAUGCAGAACAUGCAGUUCCCACCCAUGGGGGCCAUGCCGCAAUACGGUGGCCAACAGAGCAUGUACGCGGCGGACCAGACGCCGAGACAAUACAUGCAGCAGCCAGCUGCCGGCCAACCGGGCGUUGGCCAGGCGUGGCAGGGCCAGCACUCGCCAACCCAGCCUCCUCCUCCUCAGCAGCAGCAGCAGCAACAGCAGUGGUGGAACCCCUCGCAGCAGCCACAAUAA